UGUAUAUGGGGAAUUAAAGUUCCGGAUUGUCAAUUAUAUAUAUUCUCUUAGGCGUGCGGUCGUUGAGACAGACACUUGUAUCAAAAGACAUCAUGAAAUCUCCAAUAUCCUCAUUGCAAUGGCUUCCUUUGAACUUCUUUCUUAUCAUCACAACCUCUGUAAUCAGUACUACUACAACUGCAACAACGCUAUUCGAUAUUCCUAGACUGAGUCCACUUGGAGGAAUUCUGCAAGAUCCUGAAACAGUAUUCUCUGCAAAUGUUUCGGAUGACUUCGAAACAUUUUACUAUAAUCAAACACUUGAUCACUUCAACUAUAUGCCUGAAAGCUACUCCACCUUUCAGCAAAGAUAUGUGAUUAAUUCCAAGUAUUGGGAUGGUGCAAAUCGUAGCGCACCAAUUUUAGCUUAUCUUGGCGCAGAAGCACCGUUGGAUGGCGAUCUGAGAGUCAUCGGAUUUCUCACUGAUAACGCCGCGGAGUUUAAGGCUCUCUUAGUAUACAUAGAGCACCGAUAUUAUGGGGAGUCGAUACCGUUGGGGUCAAGCAGGAAAGUAGCACUUGGAAAUGCAAGCACUCUCGGGUACUUCAACUCAGCCCAAGCUAUAGCAGAUUAUGCAGAAAUCAUCAUCUAUUUAAAGGAAAAACUACAAGCACAAAAUUCUCCAGUAAUUGUAAUUGGAGGAUCAUAUGGAGGAAUGCUAGCUUCCUGGUUUCGGCUAAAGUAUCCUCACGUUGCCAUUGGCGCCUUGGCCUCAUCAGCUCCAAUCCUUUACUUCGAUGACAUAACCCCACAAGAUGGAUAUUACUCUAUUGUCACCAAGGAUUUUAGGGAAGCUAGUGAGACUUGCUACCAAACUAUAAAAAAUUCGUGGUCUAUAAUCGAUGAAGUUGCAUCUAAGCCUGAUGGUCUUUCUGUCCUUAGCAAGACAUUCAAGACUUGCAAACCCCUAAAAUCAGUUAAUGUGCUCAAGAACUAUUUGGUAUCGACGGUGUAUGGCGGUGCGGCUCAAUAUAACAGUCCACCGAAAUAUCCGGUUACCAUUGUCUGCGGUGGCAUAGAUGGAGCUCCUCCUGAAACAGAUAUUCUUGACAAAGUAUUUGCAGGUGUUGUUGCCUAUACUGGGAAUAGAACAUGCUAUGUCAAUCCACCCCAAAAUAUAUCUGAAACAACUGUAGGUUGGAGAUGGCAGACGUGCACUGAGAUGGUGAUACCCAUUGGAAUUACCAAUAAUACAAUGUUCCAGCCGGACCCUUUUAACCUAAGCAGCUUCACUGAGGAGUGCAGAAGCUUAUAUGGUGUACCUCCUCGGCCACAUUGGGUCACUACUUACUAUGGAGGCCAUGAUAUAAAAUUGGUUCUCCACAAGUUUGGAAGCAACAUCAUAUUCUCCAAUGGUCUCAGAGAUCCUUAUAGUAGCGGAGGGGUGCUUGUAAACAUAUCAGAGAGUAUCGUUGCCGUCCAUACAGUUAACGGAUCUCAUUGCUUGGAUAUUCUUCAUGCAAACCAAAGUACUGAUCCGGAGUGGUUGGUUAGGCAGCGAGAGGUGGAGGUGAAAAUCAUCAAAGGAUGGAUCACCCAGUACUACUUUGAUCUUCUCGCUUUCAGUCAAUAAUUAAUUAUAAAUUAGUUAAUGCAUGCCUUCAUGUCUGCAUGCGUAUUUUAUUAAUGUCUACGUACGUACUAUUGGAUCAUGAUAUAAUUAGGGAAUUAAAUAAAGAAUAUAUAUACUAAA